AUGGCUGCCAUUCCCCGGAAACUCUGGGAACACCCCAAUCCCACGACGACGCAAGUGUGGCAGUUUAUGCAACGCAUCAACAAGAAGUACCACUUAGAUCUCAAGACGUACCAAGACCUCUACAGGUUCUCUGUCGACAAGCGUUCCGACUUCUACGACGAACUCUUCCAGUAUCUAGAUCUCAUCCACACGGGCUCGUACACGAAGGUGGUGGACGAGAGCAAACCCGUCGACGCCAUCCCGCGCUGGUACGAGGGUGUCUCCCUCAGCUACGUCGAGAACCUGAUCUGGAGUCGCAGCGCCGCUGAUCCCACACAGCACCGUGGCACGGUCGGCAAGGAGGACAGCAAGGUUGCCCUGACUGAAGUCCGCGAGGGCGUGACCGAGGUGCGGGAUGUGACGUGGGCGACGCUCCGGGAACUGUCGGCUAGCUAUGCUGCUGCUCUCUACGCCGGUGGUGUUAGACGUGGGGACCGCAUAGUUGUUGUUGGUGCGAAUAGUGUCGAGACGCUGGUCCUCUUCAAUGCUACUUCCUGGUUGGGCGCCAUGUUCAGUAGCUCGUCGACGGAUAUGGGCGUUCAGGGGAUAUUGCAGCGGACUAUCCAGAUCAACCCCAAGUAUAUAUUCAUGGACGAUGCAGCAUUAUACAACGGACGGGAAUGGGAUUUGCGUCAGAAGAUGGGCGAAGUAGUGGCUGGAAUGAAGGGUUGUGACCAAUUCUCCGGCAUGGUCUCGAUUCGUCGGUUCAAGGAGGCUUUGGACAUAAGCAGCAUCCCGAGGACACAGACUCUUCAGUCGUUCCUCGACAAGCGAUCUUCUUCUCCUCCACCCAUCGAAAGGCUCGCCUUCCACGAGCCAUUCCUCAUCUGCUACUCGUCAGGCACAACUGGCAUCCCAAAAGCCAUCGUGCAUUCAGUUGGCGGUGUCCUGCUGAACUACAUCAAGGAGUGCCGUCUUCACGAGGACGGCAAGUCAGAUGUUGUGUCGCUCCAGUACACAACCACGGGCUGGAUUAUGUAUCUGGCGAAUGUCGGACAGCUGCUGAUAGGGGCGAGAGUCGUGCUCUACGACGGAUCGCCCUUCCAGCCGGACUUGAAGACGUUCAUCAAGCUACUGGGCGAUCAGAAGGUGACCAAACUAGGGACCAGCCCCCGGUGGCUCCACGAGAUCUCCAAGACUGGUAUCUCUCCCAGGGAGAUCACUGACUUGUCCAGUCUGCGUCUUGUCACGUCGACGGGAAUGGUGCUUUCAGACCAGUUAUUCGAGUGGGUUUACGACAAGGGGUUUCCGGCCAAUGUCCAUCUGGCCAACGUUUCGGGAGGGACAGAUAUCGCCGGAUGUUUCGCCACAGGAAACCAACUAACCCCCGUCUACGUCGGCGGCAUCCAAGGCGCCGCCCUCGGCAUCCCCAUCGCGCUCUACGACUCCCUCCUGCCCCCCGGCCUCGGCAAAGAAGUCACCGACGGCACGCCGGGCGAGCUCGUCGCGACGGCCUCCUUCCCCAACGUCCCGGCCUUCCUCUGGGGCGACAAGACGGGGCCCUUCGCGGCGCCAGGAUCAAAAUACCACGCAGCGUACUUCGCGCGCUACGAGCACGUAUGGGCGCACGGCGACUUCUGCGUCUUCCACCCGACGACGAAAAACAUAACCUUCCUGGGCCGCGCCGACGGCGUGCUCAACCCCAGCGGCGUGCGCUUCGGGUCCGCCGAGAUCUACUCGGUGCUGGAGCGCAACUUUGUCGAGCAGGUUGCUGACGCCAUCUGCGUGGGCCAGCGGCGGCCGCAGGAUAGUGACGAGAGUGUUAUGCUGUUCUUGCUGAUGCGGCCGGGACAUAGGUUUGAUCGGAAGCUUGUUAGGAGGGUGAAGGAGGCGAUUGGAAGGGAGACUACUAAGAGGCAUGUGCCGAAGUAUGUUUUUGAGACGCCGGAGAUACCUACAACGGUCAAUCUGAAGAAGGUCGAGCUGCCGGUUAAGCAGAUCGUCUCUGGCCAGAUCAUCAAACCCAGUGGGACGCUGCUGAACCCGCAGAGUCUGGAUUAUUACUACCAGUUUGCUAAGGUUGAGGAGCUGGUAGGACCUAAAGAGAAGCUAUAG